AUGCGCGCGUCGUCGCGCGAUCGCGCGCGCGGCGGCGGCCGCGGGGCACCCCCCGCUGCCGCCUCCGUCUUCGUCGUCCUCGCGUGCGCCGCGCUGUUGCUGCUCCCGACGCGCGCUGUCUGCGUCGCGACGCGCGACGGCGGCGACGACGACGACCUCGACCUCGACCUCAAGCUCAAGCUGACGACGCGCGCGCUCGAGACGCGGCCGUCCCCGGGCGACGUCGUCGUGAUUCGCGCGCGGCUCGACGUCGACAUCGACGGCGACGGCGGCGUGCGCGCGGCCCUCGCGCGCGCGCGCCUCGCGAACGAAGAAAACGUCACGCUGACCACCUUCACGAGGGUGAACUUCCAGGACGAACAGUCGUGGGGGCCGAUGCGCGACGACGGCGUGUUCCCGGACGUGCGCGCGGACGACGGCGAGUACGCCGCGGCGGUGCGCGUCCCCGGCGACGGCGCCGCGCGCGGGGGCGACGUCUUCAGAUGGCGCGUCGAGGCGACGCGCGCGGCGGCGGCGGCGGCGACGUCGCGGUCGCCAAAAUUCGACAACGACGAGCGGCCGCGGUACCGCGGGACGGUCGUGAUGGGCGACGAACGCGACGACGACGACGACGACGACGACGACGACGACGACGGCGGCGGCGGCGACGACGCGGCCGCGCUGGAACGCAUGCGGGAGAACUUAGCGUCGGCGACGUUCGCCGCCGCGGGCGUCCCGGCGCCCGCGAUGUUCCACCUCGUCGUGUACCUAAACGGCGCGUACCACGGUCUGUACUCGUUCGUCGAGCAAGUGGACGAGACGUUCAUGAAACGCAACGGUCUGGACGACAAAGCCGACGCGUACAAGGCGGUGCACUGGAAGUACAGUAACCUCCGCGCGCCGAACGUUACGGCGCAGUGCCCGUGGGCGACCCCGGACUGGCCGGCGCGGUGGGAGGAGUGUCCUGAGGUGUGGCGCGUCGUGAACGGCGACGCGAAGCGCGCGAUGAAAGCCUCGGAGGCGCUCGAGUUGGACGCGUACCCAAUCGGCGAAGGCCGCUGGCGCCGCACCCCGAGCGCGGCGGCGGUCCAGGAAGUGAAGACGCUGAAAUCCGCCGCGUUCGCGCCGUUGACGGAGCUCACGACGACGCUCGCGCGCGUCGUCGCGGAUCCUCGCGACAUCGGCGACGCUCUGCUCAUGGACGCUUUGGACGUCCCCGCGAUACUCAACGAGAUGGCCGCGCAGACGCUCGUGUUGUCCGUCGAUCGAUGCGCGAAGAAUUACUUCGUGACGCGCGACCGCGACACGCUCGAGUGGCGUCGUCUGCCGUGGGAUCUCGAGGACGCGUUUCCCGUGGACUAUCGCGAUGGCAUCGGCCGCUGCGACGCGGCGACGCAGUGCGGCGCGAACGAGACGGACUACUGCUUGCUCACGUGCGACAAGUUCAACUCUGUGUUUUUCUGCGACGCCAAUCACCCGCAAGACGUCUUCGUCGACGACCGCGACGGGAUGGAGGCCAAGAGCACGUAUAACGUCCUCGUCGACGCCGUUUUGAAGACACCCAAGACGCGCGCGAUGUACCUGCGUCGCCUGCGGACGCUCGCGGACGCGCUGCUCAUGAGCGACUUCAUCGACCGAACCGCGAUGGAGUAUCUGCGAGCGAUUAAAAACGACGCGCGGCGAGACAGCGAAAAGUGGAACGUCGGCGGCGUGCGCGCCGUGGAGCAGGGCGUCCUCCAACUCCGCUCGCAGUUUCUUCCCGCGCGAAGAAGACAGCUGCUGGAGGAGACGUCGGAGAUGCCGCCGCCGCAGCGCGAGGACGUGCGGGUCGCGUUCGGCGACGUCGACGAGGCGCGCGAAGACCGCGAGCGCGCGUUCGCGGAGGUGAUCAAUCCGAACGACUUCGCCGUCGACCUCUCCGGUUGGACGUUCAGGCGCGUUCUCUACAAACGUUUUUCACCCAUCUCACGGUUUCAACGAACGUUUGAUCGCGUCCCCUUUCAACUGACCGAUGAACUUUUUUGUAUGGAAUCGUCCUACUCAGGGCGCCGGGGAAGGUGCGGCACGCGCUCGCGCCGGGGACGGUCCUCGCGCCGCGAUCGCGGCUCGCGCUCGUGCGCGACCCCGCCGGGUUUCGAUCCCGCGCGGUCAGCCCGCGCGGAGGCGAGGGGUAUCUCGUCCAGCGGUGGACGAGAGGGAAGAGCCUCGACCUGA